CAUUUGGUGUGGGUGCUCUUCUCAUAGGUGCCGCAUUUUAGAACAUUUCAACAGGUUGUUGAUAUCGGGCGGGGGAACAGAAAACUUUUUUAAAGCAUUUGUUUUGAUGUAUAGUUUUCGUUUUUCUCUUUGCGGUGAAAAUAAACUUUGAAGCUGCCAGGAACUUGUCGGUUAUGGCUUUUAUUUAGGAAAGUUCGCAGGAUGGAAUGGCUUGCAGUAACGAUUUUCUUUUGGAUUCUGCAAGUUGCUAAGAGCCAUCCAUUCUCAAAAUUACAGAGCUACAAAUCAUCUGAAAAGCAUACACCUCAAUUUGAAAUUGUUUAUCCCUUGUUGCAUUCAUCUCAACAUAGAGGCAAAAGAUCAUUGCGAGAAGAUGAACGAUUCUUAAUCAUAAAAACAUCCAAUGAUGCUUUCUACAUUGAGUUGGAACCAAAUCAAGAUUUAACUGACUCGAUCCAAUAUCCUAAUAGCGAUCAGAACAUAACCGAAAAUUGCCACUAUCAUGGAAUUUUGCUAUCUCAUAUGGGUGGUCUUGCAGCUAUUUCCAUGUGCGGAACACGGAAAGAAAUGUCAGGCGUUAUUACCACUGAAAACCAAGCUUAUGUCUUGAGGCCUCUAACCCAUUUGUCUGAUGAUAAAAAAUUGGAUCCAAAUUUGAAUGUUUCAAAAUCUGACGGGGCGCAUGUGCUGAUGAAAGUAAAACAUUCAUCUGAUUAUUGUGGUGGAGACUAUAAAGAAAUACCACUUCAUAUAGGGGAGACAGAUCUAAAGCUUCGAAGGGUUCGUCGUUCUGAGUCAGAAAAAAGAAAAGUAAUCGAGACUGCUGUCUAUGUUGAUUUUCCUCUCUACCAAAAACUUAGCGUAAAGCGGAAACAACCAGUUGAAGAGAUGCAAGAUACAGUUUUGGCAAUAUUAAAUGAGGUGCAGUUGAUCUAUAACUAUCAGUCCUUAAAAACGAAAUUUAAAAUAGCUGUUGUGAAGCUUGAGAUAUUGUCUGAAGGAAAAGAAGCACCUGAUGCUGCAGAUGGUGAUAUUGAUGAGUAUUUAGAUAAUUUUUGUUUGUGGCAAUCCACAAAAAAUCCAGCUAUCAACUCAGAUGCUCAUUGGGAUCACGCUCUGAUGUUGACAGGGCAUGAUCUUCACAAAGUUGUAGAAGGAAACGAGAAAAAUAAAAAAGUUUUAGGCUUAGCUUGGGUGAAUGGUAUGUGUCGUCCUAAGCACAGCUGUACUUUAAAUGAAGGUUCGAGUUUUGAAGCUGCUUUUGUUAUAGCCCAUGAAAUGGGACACAGUCUAGGUAUGAUGCAUGACGGAAGAGGGAAUGAUUGCAAUCCCAGCACCUAUCUCAUGUCCGAGAAGACUGGACCUGGGAGAAUAACAUGGUCCAGUUGCAGUAACGACUAUCUUGACAGAUUUUUCCAAAAAGGUUAUGGAGCAUGUUUAGACGAUGACAAUGAUCAAACUUUGAAGUCUGCUAGUUACAAAUUUGGUGAACAGCUACCAGGACAACGAUUCGAUUUAGAAGAACAGUGUAAAUUAUCUUUAGGGAAUGAGUUUAAACCACAUGUGGUGCCUAAGCUUCCCUUCAAUGAUGUUUGUCGAGAAUUAUGGUGCGUUUCUGGUCUCUGGGCCUCAGUUGCACAUCCAGCUUUAGAAGGCAGCUCUUGCGCAAAUGGAAAACAAUGCAUUCAAGGAAAAUGCGUAGAAUUAACAUCGUCGUCGUCGCUCUCCUCUCCUUCAAAUGCAGAAAUCGUAGAAGACAUGAAAGGAGCGGUAGCUGAAUUUUUGGACAAAUUAAAAACAGCGUUUCACCUUCUAGCCUCUUGAAAUCAAAAACGCAACUUUAUUUAGGAAAGAAAUCUAUAAGCAAAUGAGCAGACUACAAAUGAGUGAAAUGGCUCAUAAAUAAUAAACUGAUAGAAAAGGAUUUUACAAGAAAAAAAAUGAGAUUCUCGUCAACUGUGAUAAUAGCCGAAGAAAACAGCUGUUUCGGCGUAGAGAAUACACGCUGAAAUGAAGAUUAUUUUAGAGCAAAAACUUUUAGUUAUUAACUUGAAUAUUUUUUAAACCAUACUUUGUACAAAAUGAUUUUCUAGAGUUGCGGUUUCCAAAUGGUGUUCCGCGGAACCCUGGGGUUCGGUGGAAGGGUCACAGGGGUUCCGAGAGAUUAAAUUUUUCAAACCAGUCAGAAUUUUUGAAACUUGCAAUUGUAUUUAUAUGAAGAAAAAAAACCCCAUAAUUUCUUUGAUAGUUUCGUUACUUUUAUGAAAUUAUUUACCUGAAAGUAUUUUUUAUUUAUUUUUUAACCAUACGUUGUACAAAAGUAUUUUCUAGCACAGCGGUUCCCAAAUGUUACUCCGCGGAACCCUGGGGGUCUAUGGAAGGGUCACAUGGGUUCUGAGAAAUUAAAUUUUUCAAUCCAGUCAAAAUUAUUGAAACCUGCAAUUAUAUUUAUAUCAAAACAACAUACCAUAAUUUCUUUGAUAGUUUCGUUAUUUUUAUAAAAUUAGUUACGU